UGCCGUCCUCAUGAAAGCCUGAAUUUAAUCACAUGGCUACUUGCAAUCUUUGAAAAGCAAGGCAUCACCUUGCUUUCUAAAAGUCACUGCAUGAUUUCAGAGGUAGGAAUCCAAACAAUACAGUCUCUCCUUCUUCCAGGGUACGCUGCUCUAAAGCUGUAUAUGCCCAGAAUUUAAGGAAAGUUGAACACAACCCAUUGCAGGCAGCCCACUGUCUGAGCCACGCUAGGACUGAUGCCGGUUACCUACCUCCUCGACCUGUGCGUGUUGUCCGACAGUCCAAACAAGCACUGGGGCAGGCAGAGGUCACAGGCUCAGCCUCUACAGAGCACCAAUCUUGCCAGCCAGGUGGCUGGCUGCUAGUUCAGAUGUGAUGCACCAGUUGUCAUCCUUCCUGAUCAUCUCAGCUUUUUCCUGAUGUGGUGUAAAGACUGGCAGCAGGCUGCAGCAUGUUUUUAAUGCUACAGGUGCACAAACUUAGCCUGUGUCACUAUGAAGCACAGCCCUUUCCCUCUAGGAUUUGUCUGUCUGGUGCAGUUGAUUGGCAGAGAGAUCGGGAUGACUAGAUGGCACACUUGGUGCUUGGCAGUCACAGUGAUGAAACAACUUACCAGCUAUCACAGAUGUUACAAUUCACAGGGCCGCACAACUAGGGGAAAGAGAGGGGAGACAAGAGUAUGCACAAAGUCUUUGGGUCUGCCUGGUGCUGAGGGCUCUGAACACCAGUGGUGCAUACAGCUUAGAUGCUAGAGAUCCAGCAGUGAGAUAUGCUUUAGAGACAAAGUGGAGGAGGGGGCCUUGGCAGGGAUGUAAGAGAUGAAAUUGGGGUCCUAGUUUGAACAGAGAAGAGCAAGAGAUAGAGAGCAGGGCAAGGAAGAUACAGCAUUGGGGCCUACUAGGGGGAAUCACAGCAGGAAAGGCAAUACAGCUUCUAGAGACAAUGUUAGCAUCUCCAAUAUAAUGCAGGCUUUCUUAAUUUUUUAGAAAGGCGAGUAGGAGCUCAGUUUGAGGCCAUGAGAGAGCAGAUCCCAGAGUUUGGACUUGCCACAGAAAAUGCUCUCUACCAUUUGCGUGCAUUUGAGAAUCUGCUGGUGGUUGUGCUACUGGCUCUUCCACAGGUGCCCUGGUAUAAUGGGCCUCCACAGACUCACUGUGUGCAGUGUGGGACAUGGUACUUCACUUGCUACCUAUUUCUGUAUGCCUUUGCAUCAAGCCACAGACCCACAAUGGUUCUGGAAAAGCGCUCUCUGUCCUGGAGAGCUAAGCAUGGAGGGAGCCAACUGGUUUGUCACCUACUGAAGAUGGAGACUAAUUUAUCAUGAGUAUUAGUAAAAUUAAUAUUCUAAAAAUCUACUGCAAUUAUUUUCCGUUACUGAUCAAAACAAAUACCAAACAACUGCAUCCACUUGACUGGUAGCAAAUACUACAGAAACAGACACUAAUAUGAAUCUUCCAUUUUACUGUGUCAAUACACAGCAUUAUCCAUCAUGGAGACUAUUCAUAUACCCAUGUACUGCAAAGUGAAAGAAUGCUUUCAUCCUGGUUUUAUCAUUUCUAGAUUUAAUCACAGUUUUUCUAUUUCCUUCAGUCAGCAGAUCAGGCCCACAAUUUUCCCUCCAAAUGACAGGCAAUUCUUUUAAACACACUGAAUUAUUUUUUCCAGGUGGUGGUUCAGUUAAAAUUAAAUGUUACUCUUUCAUUUUGCUCAGUAGUACAGCUGUAGCACACAAGGAAAGGUGAGAACUUUAAUGUGGUAUUUUCGCUAACUUGAAAAAUCUCAUUUAAAUAGAAGACUGUUUUAAUUCACAGUGUGAUUUAUUUGAAAUGAGCACUGGCACCCAGCAUCACUUUUGCCUCUUGAGAUGAUGUAAGGAACCACUGAGAAGAGAGUGUGGUUAAACCACUGCCAUGUGAGUGAGGCCACAGGUCGGUGUCUAGGCUCUACCGCAAACACUCACAAAUCACAGCUACACAACAGAAUUACAGCAUGAUUAUCUGAGCUCACUCAACCAACCUAAAUCCUCCUCAUGCUCCAAAAUCAAAUCAGCACUGGAAAGUUUGGGUUUUGUUGUUGUUGUUUUUUUUUUAAUCUCUGUGUCUUGAUUCCCCAGCAGCUGAUGAAGCAGCUGAAGCAGUAUUGCCUCCACUCCCCACUCACGUCAAAGAUUCUGGUCUCCUGGAAUGCAGAGCAGGGGCUCACAACUGGCACAGAAAGACUCCCAAUCUCCAUUGCUGCACUUAAGUAGCCCUGCAGUGUGAGGAAAUAACUAGACAAGAUGUGAGGAGAAUGUGAGGAAGGAGACUCAUACUAAAACAAUGCUCAUCACCGUUUUGCUACAAUGAUAAAAUGCCCCUGGAGCCAACAGAUGUUUCACUAUUGUAGUAUUAAACUGGAUGAUCAUAUCAUAUGAAAUCUUUCAGUUUUCUUUAGUUUGUCCACAUAGGGUCAGCUAAAAACCAAAGUUAAGGUGAAGAACAGAGGAAGGUCAAAUUAAUCCCCACCUAACUAUAGGACCUCAUUGGAUAAAGUCCAGCAGGAGUAGCCACAUGCUCAAAAUUAACUGCAUGCUUAUGUACUAUGUUGAGUGAAGCUUACAUGGAUGAAUAAAACAAAAUCCAAGAUACUCAUGUUUAUUUGAUCAAUGUACAGCAAGUAGGUCAGGUAAUUUCUUUUGGCAGGAAUCACAUACACUAAAGCAUCAAUCUUGAACAAAAAUCACAUUCUAGAAUUUUACAAAUUGGUAAAAAACUCAAAAUAUAGGUAUAGUUGUUAGAGAUUAAAGCAAAAUAAAUCCACAUUUAUGGAUUUGCUCUGUCAGCCCUUAUAUGAGGCUGCUUAGUCUAACCAUGGAACAACAGUGACUCCCAAUGACCAAAAGUAUAAUUCUUUCAGUUCUUAUAUUUAUUUGUCAGUAUUUCAUCUUGCCAUCUUGCUUGUCUCUGAUAGCUUAUUUACCUUUUUGAGCAAAUCUCAGCAGAUCUCUCUGCCAAGAAAGCUUUGAUUUUAAACUUCAAAAUUAAGAGACUAGCAAAGAACUGUUGAUUUUUCUCCUCAGAAUAUUCUGCUCUUAAUUUGUAUACAAAAAAAUUUGACAAGAAGAAAACGACCUGAAAUGCUCAUGUCUGAGACCCUGAGGACACGCGGAAAUAAGUGUUGGAAACACUCCCAUUAUUGCAAUAUUGACUAUAUGUAUCGAUCCAAGGCCUCAGUGAAGCACAUAACUAACUAGCCUAUAGUGUUUUUCAUAACUGAUUGUGAAAAUUACUCACAAAGUAAAAUUAACAUUUUCCCUCUUUUCUGCUAUCCUGAAACAGGUCCUGAUUGUUUCAGUUCCAAGAGUCUUGCACUGCAAGCCCAGAAAAAGAUCCUGAGUAAAAUGGCAACCAAAACCAUGGCUAACAUGCUAAUUGAUGACACAAGCAGUGAAAUCUUUGAUGAGCUAUACAAAGUAACAAAGGAACACACAAGAAACAAAAAAGAAGCUCAUAAAAUUAUGAAGGACCUGAUUAAAGUGGCAAUAAAAAUUGGGAUCCUCUAUCGAAACAAUCAGUUCAACCAAGAAGAGUUGGAAAUCGUAGACAAGUUCAGGAAGAAGCUGAAUCAAACUGCCAUGACAAUUGUCAGUUUCUAUGAGGUAGAAUACACUUUUGAUAGAAAUGUUCUUGCAGAACUUCUGAAUGAAUGUAAAGACCUUGUGCAUGAACUAGUAGAUCGACACCUGACACCAAGAUCCCAUGGGCGCAUCAACCAUGUUUUCAACCAUUUUGCAGAUGUGGAAUUUUUAACUGCCCUGUACAGCCUUGAUGGGGAUUGUCGGCCAUACCUCAAAAAGAUUUGUGAUGGUAUCAACAAACUACUUGAUGAGAAAGUCCUUUGAAACUUCACUUAGAAAAGAAACCAACCAAAAACUUCUGUCUAGAACUGGCCACUCGUCAUGAGCUGUGGUGAGCAUGUGAGCUUCCUUCUUACCGUUCUCUUACUACAGUCUCCAGCAGGGAACGUGCUCACUUGGCUCAUGAUGAAGUGGAAAACUUAAAUCUGAAAGCUAUCAAUUUUAAUGUUUUGUGCACAGACAAUUCAGUUUUUGCAAGGAGUGGAGUGAACAAGGCUGUUGGUAUAGAUUUUUCAAAAAUGGAUUGCUACUCAUCAUAACCUUACUAGCUUUGUGUUGGAAGGUUAGUAGGUGAAAAGAAACUAAACUCAAACACAGGCUGCGUGAAAAUAGAUGGGAAAAGGCAAGAAAGCAAUGCAUGCAAUUUACCCCACGCUGCUCUUGGUGUGUAUGAUUUUAUUGUUUCCACGCUAACUGAAAAGGCUUAAAGACAAAGUAAAGCUAUAAUAGAUUAAGCUCGCUCUUUUCAUCAGGAUCAGGAAUCAAUACAAGAAUGCCCUUCUGAUUUUAUAUGUGAUUUUUACAUGUGAUUUAAGUCUAAUCGUAGAUAACAAAUAGUACAAAUUGAUUAGAAGCAUGAGAAAGUUUAAAAAGCUGCUCUGUGAAGCAAUAUUCCCAUUUAAGAUUUAUGUUUUAUUCCCUUCUGAUAAGGGAGAGAAGCUUCCAUUUUGAUUUUGAAAAGCAUCUCAGUGGUUCAAGCUCAAAGAUAACCAGAAAACUACAUAAGGUAAUACAACAUUGGUUCCCUCACUCUCAGGCUUUGUGUAUUUGUUAAUAUCAAAUGAGUUUAGCCUGAAGGUUAUGGUGUCGUUUAUGCUUUUACUGUUUUGCCUGCCAGAGCAAAAUAUCCUUGGUGAAGACUUUGAAACUGCACUUAUGAAGAGGAGUGCUACUAAGAAACCAAUAGAUCUACGAAGCAACGUUUACAUGUCAUGUCUGCAAAAGACAAUAUUCAGCCUAGGGAAAACUCUUGGUGUAACACAUCUAUUAUAGUUAAUUUGUGCUUACAGUAAAACACAAAGAGUUGUGACAAACAAGGAGCCCAGUCUGCUAGUCUUGCAGUGCCAUCAAAAUGUAGUCUAUCCACUGCCUUCUUAAGAGAACACCAGUGAGCUUCAUGAAGAACGUAUUAAUUAUCAUACACUCUUUAAAAUAAUGAAUAAAUACAAACAAACAGAAAUAAGGUAAAAAGAGACACUGCCUAAAACAUCAUAAGGGUUUGUAUAGUAUAACACCUGAGGGAAGAUUCCUGUUAUAAUCUGCACUCGCAGAAGACAGGAGAAGACCCUAUGAUCUAGUAUUUAACAGCAGCUAAUUCCAGCUCUGUUACUAACCCAUACAUAGUCUCUGGCAAAUUGUAACUUUCCUGUGGCUCAGCAUCACAGUCUUAAGUCCUCCACUUUACAAAGUAUUCCGAAAUUAUCAGAACACAUCAAAUAAGAGCACAGCUCCUUGAUAACAAAGCGAAAACUGAGGCUAGGCCAGUGCUAAGGCAAUGCUGAAAGAGGUCAGAACUGAACUUUGGGAUGCUUUUUGUGUUUGGGGAAAGGGCAAAUACGCUGACGAGUCACCUGAAGGCCAGCGUUAUUGUGGUAAGAUUUUUUUAGAGUCAUUUUGCAAAUUACACUCAUGUUGUACACAUUAAUCUGUGCUGUAGGGUACUAGAGAAAAUGCAAAAUCCUUGUUGACUUUAUAGCAUGACAUUUGGGAUGCUAAAUUUCCACUGAAGUAAGGCAGUAAAAAUCCAUUUAAGAGAACUCUCCUAAGAUAUCGAAGCUAGAGACAGAACUAGAAUUGCCCUGAGCCAUGACUAGUUGGAAUGUUUUCAGUGACUUUUUUUUUUUUUAAAUAAACAAAAUAUACUGCUGUGUUGAAACUGAAAACAGUUUGUAAAGAAAUAUUACUUUCUGUAAAGUUUUGCUAAGAUUAAGGGAAACAAAGGGAGAACCAGAGCAGAGCAGAUACUCCAGCUUGCUGCUUUCAAAAUCUUCCAGCUGCAUCAAAAAUGCUGGCUGAGCCAAACUACAUUCAGAAAUCCCUCCUCUCCUUGCCCUCUAGGUCUUAUCCUCCAAGCUUACCUCAAUCUACUAACACUUCAGUGUCACGUAGCAUCUCCUUUUAGAUGACACACAGGUAACAGAUAAUCUUGAAGGCAGGAGGUAACGCUUUCCGUAUUGUGUACAUUAUACAGAUACAUCUACUUUAAAAUUGACAAAGAAAAAGAAAGUGUAUUGGAAAGCUGUUUCUGCCUAAGAAAAAAUUCCAGAAUUGGUCACCUCAGGAUAACAGAAAACUGUAUUUUCCCCUUUAAACUCUGUUAAAUACUACCAUAGUAGAAAAACUUUUCAAAAUUGUAAUCUUGUUCUCCUGUCCUUCCUUAUCUGAAAUAACUACAGUGUGUCUCUCACAACAACAAUCCAAAUUUUAACUAUUGCACUUGCCUUCAUAUAGUAGGGAAUACACACAUCCGAAUCACUUAUCCACUGGAGUUGGGCUAGAAGCAUUUUUAUCUGCUCCAAGAGAACACAUUUUGGAGUGCAGGAGACAGCAAAAAUGGCAGCACCAGACAUUACCAGAGCAGUUUGCAAUUUUCCCAUCUAUUUCUCAUAAAACUGUAAAACAUACAUUUACGAGCAAUGAAUGUGGACUGUCCCCUUGUAGCACAGCACAAUAAUGACAUACGUACAUUUGGGGUUAAAAGUUCAUUAAGAUUUGCCUUUCAAGGUUGCAAGUUUAGACAUUUGCCAGAGCCACAUUUACAUGCACCAUUAGCGGCAUUCUUCCCCAGAGCAUGUACUUGUCAAUUGAUGCUUUUGAACAGUAUUUAUUGUAUCCAAUACACCUGUCGCAGUGCACAUGUCAGAUUUUGGAUGUUUGUUUCACUUGUGGCAAACAAAUAUGUAGGUUCUUUUUUUUAAAGUCAGAAGACAGACAUGAAUCAACAUUCAAGAUAUCCAAAAGGAAAGGGAUAUCUGGUGUAUGUGAUUUUCUUUUUGUGUGUUGCAACUAUCAAUAGUCAGAUUCUGAUAUUUUAGACAAACAGCCAAACAUCUGUCAUUUUAUUUAUAAAUCUGAGUAGCCUUAAGGAAGGAAAAUGUUUUGAAGUACUUCUCAUACUCGCAUAUCCUGUAUAUUCAUUGUUAACUUUUGUAUUGUGGCUUGGUAUGUAAUAACAUUGCUAAACUAUUGGCAAUGUUCAGGUCACUCAAAGUAUAUGAUGCAUUAUCAUAUUUGUGGAUUAAAAACGUGUGAUUAGUGCC